AUGUCUGUUUCUUUAACCGCCAAGCUACACGAGGCGAUCAAACACGGUGAUGAUGACGUCGUUCAGUGCUGCCUGGACCACGGCGCUGACGUGAACACCAUCUAUGACAGAGAAACAGCGUGCACGCUGGCCAUUGAAUACCACCGCGGUGCCGUUGCUUCUCGAAUUAUGCACCAAGCGACAUUUUCCGUGAACGCUUGCAAUACUUCCCACAGGAGCCCCUUGUUCUGUGCAGCCAAGGAGUCAUUUCCAGGACUUGUUGAAGAUCUCAUAGGUAUGGGGGCAGACCUCAAUUCUCGUGACACCGGGGGAGUUUCUCCCAUGGGUGCCACGGCGUUCUACAACAGCUUCGAAUCGGCGGCAAUAUUGGUGACUCGUGGCGCCAGUGUAAACGAAAGAGACACCAGGAGAAGAAGCACUUUGUACACAGCUUGUUCCAGCGUGAGUCUGCAGGUUGUGGACAUUCUUUUGGCGCACGGAGCAGAUGUCAAUACCGCGACCCGACACCCACCAGGCUGUACCCCCCUUAUGACGUCAGUUCCGUCGCUGUACGAACGAGAAGUGCGUCACAAGCGGCAGACGGACAUGAUUAGCAUAAUGAGACUGCUGAUUAUGCAUGGAAGUGACGUCAACGCCGUCGACUGCGAUGGCCGCAUUGCUUUACACCACGCUGUGGAAACAGACGAACUGCACGCCGCCUGUCUCCUGGUUGAGAGCGGAAUCGAUGUGGAAAUCGCCGACAAUCAAUGGCUGACUGCAUUCCAUGUAGCCUUGAGACCAGAACGUCCGAGGUAUGAUGUGGCUGCUUAUUUACUUUUGAACGGUUGUAAUGUCAACUCACCGAUGACCUUGUCAACUCGUUCCAAUGUCAAACGUUUGCCUUUAACUGUUUUACUGGAUAGUAAUCCUAAACAGACUGUUGAUGUGAAACUUAGGAAACUUCUUUUGCCCAUACUUCUGGAUUGCACAAACUUAUGUACAGAGAAUAUUACGGAAUUGUUUCAGUAUUUUGACCCACAAGGACUCGUUGUUGUCGAUGGGCAAGACAACUCUGUCAGCAUACCAUUCGCUUUGCCGGCUUCAUUACAGAGUCUCUGUCGUCUCGGAAUCCAUAAAUCUCUCGGUCAAAAGUACUUGACAAAGGUGAAAGUUUUACCAAUACCCAUCCCUAUAAAACAGUUCCUCACAUUUGGAUACAAUUUUGAUCCUUUGAAAAUGGCAGCUGUGUACACUGCCAUACAAGACAGUGAUACGGACACCUUUUCCGCAUUGCUUAAAGAAGUGGAUUUGUCGGUGGGUAAUUUUACAUUUUAG